GAAACAUAAACCACAUCCGAGCCACGCCAGAGACAUCUGUGUCACACGUUGCGACAUUCAUUCCGCGCACACCUUGGUUCCCAAUAAGCUUUUUCGUCCCAUCACUCGUCUUCCUACAUUACCUCGUGCAUCUGCCACCCACCCGCCAGACACAGACUUCGUCCUUUCGCUGUUCCUGUCGUCCGAAAAGAGUCAAUUGACUUUGCCUCGUCCUGCCGUCAUUUCAAUCCUCUAUCGACGCACGCUCCCCCCUUCUCGGCACCGCCUUUUGUAGACACUCGCCCAAAAAAAGACAUACUCAAAAUGGCUCCCGGCAUCAUCGAACGUAUUCAACAGAAGAUUGAGCUCUUCCGUCUCGAGCAGCGAUACACACGCCGUCGUCACCGCCGCUCGACCUUCGUCUCCAACGCUGUCUACGUCGAUGGCGAGUACGUCUAUCAGACUCCUACCUCGACCGGCUCCUCUUCCACCGCCACUACCAACACGAAGGAGUCGACAUCACCACGCGUCAAUGCUCUCCAUCACGCCGAGCCCGCUUCCCCCACAGAGGCCAUCUCGUCACACACCGAACCCGGCAAGAAGCGGCUGAGCCGCUUCGCCUCCAUGUCUGGCUUCAGUUCCUCCAACAAGCAGAGCCCGGCACAAGAUUGGAGAUCAAGCCGCGUCAGCGUCAGCGAGAUCCGUCGGUAGACCAACUUGGCAACCUCUUCGAAAGGGAUAAGAAAAAAAAUGGACGAAAAAAAACUCAAAAUCAAAAGGUGGACGAUGCGCGUGUCAGGACAGCCAUCUCAUGACGGCGACAUGAUUACCCUCGGGGCGAGCCUCCGAGGUGCGACGAGGUUUUGCUCAAGCAAUUGGCAUAUUGCUGUUUACGACCAUCUUCCGUCACGUCUCUCAGCGGCGCAUGUUGCAUUUGCAUUGGGAGCCCCGUUGUUGUCAUUUUGUUCUCUGGAGACGUUGUAGUCGGUUGACACUGCACUGCAUCUGUUGCAUCUGCUGCAUAUUUGCAUCGGUCACCUAGUAUAUCACCCGAUGUCGCGUGUGAGAAUCGCACCGACUCUAGAUCUUGCUCGUCUGGAUACUCUACACCGACUUGUAAUUCGGACUGUUGCAUGGGGAUAAUAGAUACCCUUUAGCAUGUCGGCGCUGUGCACGCACAUUUUCUCCUGUACAUAUCCAGCAGAUUAUAUGAAUACUUUUCUCACACUUCUUCGAAUUCGACCUCUCUUGGUGACGACAGCGAAUCACUAACCACCCAUGACGCGCUUUGGCGAACGCAGGAAUUCUGUCGAAUCGCAAACGCGUUGAACGCCGUUCCGUGUCUCAGGUCUCAACGUUGAAUCGGCAAUGAUCGCCCGGGGCUUGACUUGGGUGCCACGCGACGGCACGCGAAAUAUUUGAAUGAUGGAUUCGGACACAUUGGCAACGCUUGGCAGUGUGACCCGGUAUUGC